AUGGCUGCAUCAGCUCAGCAAACUGAGCUGGUUUUUGAAGUCACCAGCAACAAAGAGGACAGUGAACAACAGCUGGCAGAUCCUUCGACUUUCCCUGCAGUAAUUGUCGAGCAAAUGCCACACACCCACCUACUCAACUACUCAGGUCUGGCUUGCGAGGAGCCGAUGACAGAUGGUCACCUGGGGGCAGUGCUAGAGCAAGAGACAGUUGAGGAUAUCUCCUUGACAGUGGCAGCAUAUCCAAGUGGUGAUGAAGACAACAUGGAGACAGUAGAAGCUGCAGAGGCCUUGCUCAAUGCAAACUCACCAGGUUUAAUGUCUUUGGAUGAAAAGCAGCUCACUCACAUGCUGGUGCCGUCUCUUGGUGAGGUCAUCACCACCCCAGUUUCUCAGGUAUCUCUGUUGGCAGAUGGAAUUGUGGGCCAACAGCAGAGGUUCCAGAUCCAGAGAGGAAUCACAUCUGAAAUGGUUGCUCAGCAACCGAAGACCAAAAGAGGGAGAAAACCCAAACGACCAAGGUCAGAAUCCCCAAUGCCUGACAUCACGAUUAAAAAGAGCAAGGAUAGCAAAGGAAACACACUGUACCUGUGGGAGUUCUUGAUGGCUUUGCUUCAGGAUAAGAACGCUUGUCCUAGGUAUAUUAAGUGGACCAACCGAGAAAAGGGAAUUUUCAAGCUCGUGGACUCCAAAGCAGUGUCUCAGUUAUGGGGCAAACACAAAAACAAGCCAGACAUGAAUUACGAGACCAUGGGCCGAGCUUUGCGAUAUUACUAUCAGCGUGGGAUCCUGAAUAAAGUCGAAGGUCAGAGGCUGGUGUAUCAGUUUGCAGAGUUGCCAAAAAAUCUCAUGUACGUUGGCGGCGAUGACGACGAAGGAGACGGUAACGAUAACGGUCCUCAAUUCGACGACGACGGCGACAAUCCUUCUGGUAACCAGACAAUCAACGAGCGGGUCUCCUUUGAGGUCCCUGUGGUUGCCUCUCCAUCAAAAAUCUUAGCUCCAACAAAGCAGGCAGUACAGGGCUCCAGAGGGCAGCCCAGCCGGCGUGUGGUCAAUGGAGGUCAACGCAGCGGAGCAGCCCAGACAGAUGUAAAAUCAGGGACCACUAGGGUAGGUCGGCCUUUGGGCCUGAUCCAACAGCAGCACCUGCCAAUUGUGUCGGCGGAGAUGCUGCGGACACUUCAGAACGUACAGUCCAUCCAGCCAGGCCGGCACGGCUCAGUCUUCCGAACGGCCCAGCUCCUGGAAAGCCUCCGUGACAAGCAGGCAAGCAUUCCGAUCUCGCAGGAAGCUAGGUUUGAUGUGCUGGGUGAUCAGACAGAGGGCCAAGCAACCCAAAUUGUGACAUUACAGUUGGUUCCUGUCACACCUACAGGGCAAGGAAUAGAUGCCUCAGGGAACGUGAUAACGUCACCCCAGUUCAUUAUGCAGACCAUCCCCGCCUCAGAACAGGUCACUCUAGUUAUGGAGAAUGUAACUGUGAACGAGCAGUCGCCAGAUCUUCAGCAGACAGAGAUCAUUUGUGAAGAGGAAACAGCAGUUACAUCCAUUCCAGUGUCCGGAAGUGCCACUGCCCCGUUGGUGACAUUAGUCGGGGGAGGACAGCAGUUAGUGACUCAACCUCCAGGCACAGUUAUUCACUCGGUUGUCACAGCAACUGAGUCUAAACAGACUUCAGAAGCUGGAAGUGGGAACACAGAGGACAAAGAAGCAUCAGGGACCACCCAAGCUAAUGAUAAAUCCAAAACAUACCAGGAAGAUGAGCAGGCUGUGAAUGUGGAUCUGGAAGCCCACACUGAGAUGAAGAUGGAGCCUCUCAGCGUGAUGAUAAUCAAUGAUUCUUGGGUGGGCUACAGUUCUAACAAAGAAACCGCUGAGUCCUGAGGUUAAAUCCGGGACAGAUCUUGAUUCUGCCAUCGUUUGGAUGUUCCAAGAUUGACUGAAAUGAAAUUUGUAUUCGUCACAUUCCCUAUAUUCCUAUGAGCUUGUACAUGCACUGGGAUAUACUGCAA